AUGUCUUACACAUACAGAUACGGCUCAGCAGACAACAGCAGCAGCAGAAGCAGCAGCACACCCUGCAUUCUCUUCCUCACGAACAGCGAGCGGGAACAUUCGGGCGUUACCCUCGCUGUGGUCCAUGAAUUCCUCAUUGGCAAUUCGCCCUACAAGGUCCACAUCGGAUCCUUUGGACCGCUGAAGAGGCAUAUCGCGGAGUUGAAUUACUAUGCUGCGGCUUCAGGCUCUCCCUGCGCUACUGAGGCAGUCUUUGAAGAGAUCCCUGGAAUGUCUAUGAAGCAUGUCCGGAUGAGAGAUGGCCAAUUUGAUGAUAUCCCUCAGGUUGGGUUCUUUGCUGCGUUGAAGAAUUAUAGGAAGGAUUUGGCUCUGGGGUUGCUUCCUUGGACCGGUGAUGACUAUGUGGAGAUCUUUGAUGCCGUUGUUGAACUUGUGAAGACGCUUGGGCCGGUUUUGAUCGUCGUUGAUCCGCUUUUUGCUCCGGCUGUGGAUGUCUGUCGGUAUUUGCGUUGGAGACAUGUCCUGCUGGGGGCGGGUGGGGUGAAGGAUCAUGUGGUGAAGUGGAAGUUGAGUGAUCUGAUGAAGUAUCCUAUGAUCUGUUCUGGGUUCAAGAUGCCCAUGUCGCUCUGGGAUAAGCUUCGCAACAUCUUCCUUGGUUUUCGAUUCAAGCACGAACUCGAGAAGUGCGCUAGCCUCAAGGGGGUCAAUGAUGCCCGCGAGGCCCGCGGAAUUGAGGGUCCUGUCCCAUUCCUGUCCCACGAAGCAAAGAAGAGUAGCCGUAUCAUCCUUCCUUCCUGGCCAGAGACCGACUUCCCGCUGGUUGUGCCUGAGCACAUGACUCUCUGCGGUCCUAUUCUUCGCCGCUAUCGCCCCAUGGUGAAGGAGGAUCCCGAACUGGCCCAUUGGCUUUCGAAGCGCCCUACUGUGCUGGUCCUAAUGGACUCCCGUUUCAGCUACGACGGUAAGCAGCAGAUUGAAAUUGCCAAGGCCAUACAGAAGCUUCUUGAGCAAGAGCUCAAUAUGCAGGUUCUCUGGAAGCUGAAGCACGUCGAGGACCCGGCCGUGACUAGAGAGAUCGUUAAGCUUCUGGGGGUUUACAUACACGGAAAACGUAUGCGCAUCGCGAAGCGGUUUGUGUUUGAGAUCAUGUCACUUUUGAUGAGUGGACAUGUUACUUGUUUGGUGCAUCAUGGCGGGGCCAAUGUAUUCCACGAAGCUGUCAGGGCGGAGAUUCCGCAGAUCGUGCUCCCGGUCUGGUUUGACGCGUACGACUAUGCUGCACGAGUUGAGUACCUGGGGAUUGGCAUCUGGGGCAGCCGCAGGUCGGCGCCGAAAGUGAGUGGGGAGGAGCUGGGAGAUGCGCUGUUGCGUGUGGUGACUGCUAGUGACGAAUCCCAUGCAAUGCGCAUGCGGGCCAUGCAGGUCGCCGGGCAGCUGCCGUUCAAGGAUGGACGCGUGGUUGCGUAUGAGAGACUUCUCGAGGUGUUGAGCCAGCCCUGGGAGCCUCCUCAUACUCGGAGCCGCAGUCGAGGAUGA